GAGACGGAGAUAGUGACUAACUACGCCUUCCUAACCUCAGAGUCAGAACUCUAUGGUAUGUGAUGUCAUCCAGCAGCUGUCAUGGCGCUUUUGUGUGAGUGAGACUAAGCUUUCCAGCCCCAGCUGCUGCAGCCCACCGGGAAAUCUCCUGGUAGACCAAUCCGGCCCUGGCUGUAUAAACACAGCCAGCAUAAGAAAUUACAUUCCCAGUGGGGCAUAGAAGAGAUAAGACCAUUCUCAGAAAGGUCAUUACAGAGCUUUGCAAAAUGGAUGAGCAUAGUCUUACUGCUGCACUACAGACGUAUAGAGCUCAGCUAGAGCAGGUGGAGCUGACCCUUCAGGCUGCAGCUGAUCCCUCCCAGCAGGCUGAUCUAGUGCAACUGCAGGGUGACUUACAGCAGCUCAUUGAACUGACUGAGUCCAGCUUGCUGUCUGUGCAGAAAUGCAACCUAUUGUCUGCGCUGGAUGGAGCUUCAGCUAACUGUGCUGAGGAUGAAGAAUAUGAAGCGUUCAGAAAAGCCAUCAGCGAGGUGAGCCAGGAUUCUAAACCUUCAGAAACUAAUGGGGAGGAACCUAACAGCUCCAAUGAGGAUGAGACUGGGAGCUCCAAUGAUGAUGAAGCAGAACUGUCAGAGGAGGAAGCUGAUGAGACUAGUGGUAUGAAGGUGAAGGCCCCAUACUAUAGCACAUGGGGGACACUGGAAUAUCACAACGCUAUGAUAGUGGGUUCCAAGAUGAUGCCAGAUGGAAGCCCUGGAGUGAGAGUGCUUUAUCUCUAUCCCACCCACAAAGCUAUGAAGCCAUGUCCAUAUUUUUUGGAUGGAAAAUGUCGCUUCCUGGAGAAUUGCAGGUUCUCACAUGGUCAAGUGGUUCCUGUGGAGGAACUGCAGGAUUUUCUGGAGCCAGAUGUGAGUUCCCUCAAAGUAGAGUCUCCCUGCCUUGCCAGACACAGUGAUGGCAUCUGGUACCCAGCAAAACUCACAGAUAUAGACAAUGGUUUCUAUACUGUGAAGUUCAAUUCUCUACUACUGAAGGAGUCUGUUUUAGAAGCUGAUGCUAUUAUCCCCCCUUUGAGAGGGAGUGAUCGCUCUUCUUCCUCAGAUGAAGAUGAAGAAGAGACAUUGGAUCCUUCUGGGUAUGCAAAAGUGCUGGAGGCAGGUGAUGGGGCCACUUCACAUACUUCAGUGUUUGCUGGCUGGGAGGCUCACACUCGCGGAAUUGGAUCCAAACUCUUAACGCGUAUGGGGUAUGAGUUUGGUAAAGGUUUAGGACGUAAUGCAGAUGGUCGUGUGGAGCCUAUUGAAGCUGUAGUGCUGCCUAAAGGAAAAUCGCUGGACCAGUGUGCAGCAAUUCAGCAGAAAAAGCUGGCUGCAAGGCAUGACCCCUUGAAACCAAGAAAACGACGGCGGGCAAAGCCUGCAAGAGGGGGGGAAAGCUCCAGUAACUCACGACAAAACGUGUUUGAUUUCUUAAAUGAGAGACUGAAAGGAAAAAGCAAAAACAGUGAGGAAGGAAAGGCCGCAAACGCUACAGCGAGGAAAGGAAAGGAGAUCUACAAUGCCAGCCAAGAUAGUAAGAGGGCAAUUAGUGUGAAACUGUCUCAGACCACUGAGAGGAUCCAGCAGAAACAGAAAGAGAUUGGUCGACUAAAGGAAUCUAUGGCAAGGAAUGCAGGAAGGGACAGUGUUUUGAGAACACAGCUGGAGCAACGCUUGUCCGGAGCGGUGACUGAGCUGCGAGGGAUGCAGCAAGAGGAGCGUAGUCUACAGAUUGAGCAGAAGAAAGCAGACACGCACAAGAAGAUGACAGAGUUCUGAGUCUUUUUGUUACCUGUGUAUAAAGAUGUGUGUAAGUUGUACAGUACUACGUAUGGCCUGUGUACUUCUGUAUAAAACUCUGUAAAUAUUUGUUUAAACUAUACACAUCUGUGUACAGCUGAAUCUGGGUGUAAAUAUCUGCAGAGACGUAUAACGGAUAUAUGUACCACUGCAGAUAGUUAUAUCCGCACUGCAUACAUCUAUAAAAGGAGAUGCCAAUGAUACAUUCUUGGAUAGUAUUACUUCCUCAUUUGUGUAUCACUGUGCCUCUCUGGAGAUUUAUACACCUUUAGAGAAAUACUGUAUACCAAGGUUCUAUAUUUAUUGUUAUUUUAUUUUUUCUUAAAUAAAAAUUCCCCAGUAGAGUCCUCCUGGGCUUGGUAUAUAGUUAAAAACAGAGCCUUGCUGUGUAUCUCCGGGGAGAAUUAUGCUUGGAUAAAUAUGUUGUAUAGAGUUUUGUACAGUGUUAAGGCUGUUUUGUAUAUAGCCAUGCCUGAGCUGUAUUGUAUGGUUAGCUUUUCGUAACCUCUAGAGAGAUACCUGCAUUAGUGUCUGUACAGAGGAGUAUCUGGGAUGUAUCCAUCUGUUUAAAAACAAACAAAUGAGUUGAGCCCCUUGUAUAUAAAUUAUGCUCUUGCCAAUCCUUUUGUAAUAUUUGUCCUGGUUGUUAAUAAAUGACUUUCUAUUCUUUG